AUGUUGUCAUCUCCACCUUCCACCUCCGCCCCCCCUCCACUCCCUCAAACAGUGACCUCUGACCUCUGCCAUGUUACCAUGGAAACCUACUGGAGGGAAGUGCGGAGCAUCGAGGAGGAGACGGAGGAAGAGGAGGAAGAGGAGGAGGAGAGGAAGAGUAUGGACGAGGUGGAGCUGGAGGAGGCGUGGCUGACGGAGGCGGGGCUCUCCUCCCUGGUGACCGGCUCGCUGUCCGAGGACGUGCCGCCGCCGGCUGAGGUGCUGCUGUCCACGUUGACACGGCAACAAGCCGCCACGGUGAAGAAGAGGCUGGACAACUACAACGAGACGCUGAAGACUAGAAACAGGCAGCCAAUCAGAGAUGUCCGCGACGUCUUCACUGAGCACGAUGAUGACUCAGCAGAAAGAUGCCCCUCCCUGCCCCCUCACCACUCCGAGUCACCGCCGAGCCGAUACCACACCACGACCAAAACCAUCCGGAGAAACGCCCACAGAGUUCGACCAACUCUUCCUACAUUAGUUUUUGAAGAUCAACUACCUGAACACCCGUCCUCUCCGACACACACACACUCUCCGACACACACACACUCUCCGACACACACACACUCUCUGACAGACACACACUCUCCGACACACACACACUCUCUGACAGACACACACUUACAUUCUGUCGGUUGGUCGAGACAAGCUGAUUGGCUGCUGCGGGACUGUCCAUACUCAGAAGGCGUGGCCGAGCACAAAGGGGGCGGGGCUUGUUGGGACUGUCUUCGUUUCCGUGGAGCCGACGGUGGUGACCUGCUGUUUGGACCUGUCUCACCCUAUCAGGGUCUGGUCUCGGCAGACGACUUGUCCCCAUGUGACCUCACCCGCCUCGGCUUCAUCUCCCAUAUCGAGCUCUCCACCUUCCUGCUCGCUCUGGGUAUCCAAACCAAACGCCACCGCCCGCUGCGCCGCAGGACCCGAGACAGCGGUGUCUUCGCUGUUCCUCUGAACUCUCUGUUGGAGAACGACAGGAAGAAGUUUCCAGGAGUUAAAGUUCCUGUCGUCUUCCAGAAGUUGUUGUGUAUUUUAGAGCAGACCGGUCUGCAGACUGAAGGGAUCCUCAGAGUUCCAGGAUCAGCAGCUAGACUGAAGUACCUGCGUAGAGAGUUAGACAGGUGUGGUGGGGCGUUCGACUGGUCUGCAGUGAGACAGGUGGAUGCUGCUGGUCUGCUGAAGCUUUUCAUCAGAGAGCUGCCAACACCUCUGCUGACACACACACACCUGUCCACCUACCGCUCUGUGCUGGGUGUCUCCUCCGUGGUCCACCAGGUUCAGGCUCUUCAGCUGCUGUCUCUGCUGCUCCCUGAAGCCAACAGAGACUCACUCCGAGCUCUGCUGGUCUUUCUGCGUAAGGUGGUCUCUCAUCAGGACCAGAACAGGAUGUCUCUGUGGAACGUUUCCAUGGUAAUGGCGCCAAACCUGUUCACCCACCCUCACCAUGGCAACAAGCGCUCCACCACCAAGCAACAGGAGGAGAUGGAGGAGGCGGUGGGCGGAGCUCAGCUGGUCCAACUGAUGAUCACACACCAGGACCUGCUGUGGACCGUCCCAAGCUUCCUGAUGUCUCAGGUGAGACAGAUGAACCAAGCGUCCAAUCAGAAACAGUUUGGCCUGACCAAGGCAAAGAGACGACUGCUGAGGAGGAAGAACGACAAGAACGACAGAAACCAGUGUGUGUGUGUGCAGAUCACAGAGCUGUGGGCAGGUGUGAUUAGGGUUCACGCGCCCCUGCACACCAAGGUUUCCAUGGCGAUACAGCUUGAUGGACAGAUGAGAGCCAAAGACGUCAUCACCCGCUUUGAGUGUGACAACAGUUCUGUUCAGCAUCUGUAUGAAGUCGGAGGAAACAUCUGUGAGCGUCGUCUCCAUCCAGACUGCGUUCUGUUGGACGUUUACAGAGUGAAUCCUCACUGUGAUUGGCUGAUCAAACCCUGACUCACAUCAGUUCAACCAUAA